AUGUCAGCCACGUCAUCCAUCUCCGAGUGGGUCAUGGGGUGGAUUAACACUCCAGCCCAUUUCAAGGGCAGCUCUGCGCGCGACUUCCUUGACGCCGCGCCCGACUACCCCUUCUAUGCCGCUAUGCUGUACCUUGUUGCCGUCUUCUCCCUGCCUGGGCUAAUUGAGCGACGUCGGUGGACCUUCAACAUCAAGUACCUCGUCGCCUUCUGGAACCUCACCCUGUCGCUCGUGUCGGUGCUCGGAUCCUAUUACUGCGUGCAGAACCUCUACAAAACGACCCUUUUCGAAAAGGGCUUCCACAAGACGUGCUGCGCGAAGCUGUCGGUACGUCACUCGAAGAGUAUUGGGGGCAAAGAAAUCCAGAACGACUACUACGACCCAAGCCCGGAUGCCGCCUUUGACCACAGCAACAUUCACAAGCACAACCCCCGUAUCGCCACAUACGCGCACCAGGUGCUGGAUAAAAACUAUGAUGGACCGAGCGCGUUUUACACUGCACUGUUCAUGUACCUCAAGACACCCGAGCUACUCGACACGGUCUUCCUGGUGCUCCAGCGCAAGCCUGUCUCCUUCUUGCAUUGGUACCACCACAUCGUCACCGCCAUGUACUGCUGGCAUGCCUCAUACGUGCUUAUCCCAAGCGGCGUCUUUUUCUCCACCAUGAACUACUCUGUGCACUCCAUCAUGUACUUCUACUACUUCCUCGUCAUGAUGGGGCUGCGCAGCUCGAUCCGUCCCUUCGCGCCGGUCAUCACGCUGUUGCAAGUGUUGCAGAUGUUCAUUGGCAUGUACAUCACCGUGUACACGUACUUCCAGUACUGGCUGAGUCCCGAGUACGCCAACACGCUCUUCUUCAAGUUCUUCGACGUGGUGCUCAGCAAUGCCCACUAUGUCUACCACAACGCGAAGAGCGUCGUGACGACUGGCGCGCUGGCGUCGAAGGUGCCUGCGUUCGACAUGUCUGACCGGUUCUGGGGCUGCGACAGCGACCCGACAAGCAUGCGCAUGGGCAUGCUGAUGUACGGCAGCUACUGCGUGCUGUUCGCGGUGCUGUUCAAGGAACUGUACCUGGACAAGCGCGUACACGCGAACAGCCUCGUGCUGGCGCGCAAGGCGCAGCAGGCGAGGAAGAACAAGGCCGAAAACGAGAUAAAUGGCAACGGCGGUGCCGCCUCCACCGUCACUAAUGAGAAGUCCACAAAAAGGUGUAAUGAUGCAUGA